AUAGCUUAUGGUGAUCAAAGUUACCUUCAUCACCUUAGAAUUUUUAUACGUAGUAUAACAAUAUGUUACUCGUAUAUCUUUUAAGACUAAUUGUAAUAAACCAUCAAUUUUUUGUCUCUAGGUCAAUACCUUGUGGAAACAAUACCAUCUAACAUUUUAAACUUUUUCUUUUAUCUAACAUUGUAACUAAAAUAUAGAAAUUGGGGCUUCAUCUCACGAACGGACCGUUAAUUUGUAUCAUUACAUCACCUUCCAAAAUUAGUUACCUUUUGAGACCAUUGCUUCUUCCUCCAAAAAUUGUCUGCAUUGAACAAAAAUAGUCAAACCAUGAUGCUUAGGACAGCUCUUUCGCCAUUUAUAUCCACCCUUCAAUUGAAGUUCAAAGGUCCCAAUAUCUCAUCAACAGUAAGAAAUGUUCAUACUCAAUGCACAUCAACUGUUCGACAAAAUGCCCAAACGAAUCCAACUCCCCUUUAUCAACUCCCUCCAACCUCAGCUUACAUCCACCUUCCUUUCUGCAGGAAACGUUGCCAUUACUGUGAUUUCCCUAUCGUUGCUCUAGGAUCAUCCAUGAACCAAUCCCACGACGAUGACCCUCGAAUCAUCGAUUACGUAGAGUUGAUAUGCAGGGAGAUUAAGGCUACAAGAUUAGAUUUUGAUCAAUACCCACCUCUUGAAACUGUGUUUUUUGGUGGGGGUACCCCUUCUUUGGUCCCACCAAGGCUUGUUGCUUUGGUGCUUGAUACACUGAAAUCAAAAUUUGGGGUGUGUUUGAAUGCUGAGAUAAGCAUGGAAAUGGAUCCUGGUACUUUCAAUGCUGAUAAGCUAAGGGACUUCUUGGAGUUGGGUGUGAAUAGAGUGUCUCUUGGUGUGCAGGCAUUUCAAGAGGAGUUGCUCAAGGCUUGUGGGAGAGCUCAUGGUCUUAAGGAGGUUUAUGAGGCAAUCGAGAUUGUAGAGUCAUGUCGAGUUGGAAAUUGGAGUAUGGACUUGAUUUCUUCCCUCCCUCACCAAACCACAGACAUGUGGAGUGAGAGUUUGCAGCUCACAAUUGAUGCUAAGCCGACCCAUGUAUCCGUGUAUGAUUUGCAAGUCGAAAAGGAUACUAAAUUUGGAGUAUUGUAUACGCCAGGAGAGUUACCAUUGCCAUCUGAAUCUCAAUCUGCUGAAUUUUACAAAAUGGCUUCAGAAGCACUUACAAGCGCGGGAUAUGAACAUUAUGAAAUUAGCAGUUAUUCAAAGAGUGGGUUCAAGUGUCAGCACAAUCUCACUUAUUGGAAGAACACAUCAUUUUACGGAUUUGGUCUUGGAUCUGCAAGUUACCUCAAUGGUUUGCGAUUUUCAAGACCAAGGAGGAUGAGAGACUAUGCAACUUAUGUGGCAAACUUGGAAAAUGGGUUGGCAAGUGAUCAAGAGAAUGGUAAUGUGGAUCCUAAAGAUAGAGCUGCGGAUAUUGUGAUGCUAUCUCUCAGAACUUCGAGAGGUUUAGAUAUUAAGUCCUUUACACAAGAUUUUGGUGCCUCACUUGCCCUAUCUCUCUGCCAAGCCUAUAAACCUUACGUAGAAAGUGGACAUGUCCUCUGCUUAGAUGAAGAAAGGAAGCUAAUACCGGCAUCUGAAGUUAGCUCCUUGUUUAAUGAUAUAGACAAGUUAGAAGAAAGAGUUUCAUUCAUCAGACUAAAUGAUCCAGAGGGUUUUCUUCUUUCCAAUGAAUUGAUAUCAAUUGCUUUUGGGGUUGUUGCCCCAUGAAUGAAUGUACAUUCUUUAUUUUGCUUUUUACAUGUCAAAUCAAACUUCAAAAUUUAAAUUAAUAGGAGCAUCUGAAAAUUUUGUACCAUUAUCAG